UUCCUCUCUGGUCGGCGGAGGAGGAAGAAGGAAAGAUCCGCUUUUGGUUCGUCGUCGUCGUCGCCGUCGUAGCGCGUCGCCGUUGUCGUGUCCCUUUUUCUCCCACCCCCUACCACCUCUUCUUCUCCUCCUCCCUCCCCGUUUGUCUCUGCUGUGUGUGAGAGAGUGAGAGUGAAAGAGGCAUUGGGUGGCGGCCACCAGUCAGACCAGACUGUGCAGUUCAGCUGCCUCCUUCUUCUUCUUCUUCUUCUCUUGUGUGCCAGAGGAGAAAAUCAGCAAAGGGCCAAAGAGCCACAGCCACUGGAUCUGCCAUCAUCACACAGUGCCCCCCCCCCCCCUAAAAGUGUCGUGCAUCUUUUUCCCCUCUCUCUGUGCGAAAUUUCACCCGCAGAAAACAAAACGAUCGAACACACGCACCGACUGGUGAACGAAUUGGAAAAUUAUUUGUCAAUUUCUACCCCGAAAAUAAUCGGGAAGAAGUGAAGGAAGAAACGACAACAACAACAACACACGAAGAAAAAGAGUGGUUUGGAUCCCAUAAAGAGAAGAGAAAAAAAGAAGGAUCGGAGAAGGGAGAGAGAGAGGCUGCCUGGAUCUCUCUCGUCGGGAGCUUUUCACCAUCAGUGUGUGUGUGUGUGUGUGUCCGGGACCCGCCGCCGCCGCCGCUGCGAACUCCGCCAAAAGGGGAAGAGGAGGAGGAGGAGAGGGGAAAGAGAAUGCGAUCAAUACGUAGGCAAGACUGAGACGAGAGUUGUGUAGUGCUGUAGUCGUUUCUGCUGCUGUGCUCUCGCCCGUCCCUCCCCACCGCCGCCGCCGCCACCACCCUCCGCUCUUCUCUCGCUCUCGCCAGCACACACACACACACAUUCAGCAUCCAGCGGCACUGCCUCCCCAUUUCUGCUGAAGCUGCUGGGCCACUCCCCAACUACACAACAACCCAUAUAUCUCCACCACCCCGGCCGUCCUCUCUCUCUCUCUUCUUUUUUUCUUCUUUCCAGGCUCCUCUCUAUACUCACAGCAGCAGGAGCAGGAGCAGCUCGAUUGGAUAUUAUUUGGUGUCUGUUUUGGGAUGUGAAACAAUAUCGGGCCGGCUUUUGGGUGAGAGAGAACACGGAGAAGGAACGGACAGAUGGGAAAGGAGUGACUGACUUGUGUGUGUGUGAGUGUGUGCGGAAUUUGGUUGGUUGGUUCAUCGUUCCGGCCAGAAAGCGACACGAACGGUGGGAUCCUUUCCCGGCCAGCCCUUUCUGCAUAUUAGAACGGCCGUCUGCAUGGAGAGCCCAGCCCGAGAAGAAGAAGAAGAGCUGAGGAGAGGAGGUCGCCAAAAGCGAAAUCAGGAGCCUGCUCCUACAGCACUGGCAACAGCAGCAGCAGCAACAACCACCACCACUACCGUCGUCGUUGCCCGUCCGCACAGCCGGCACCAACAACAAUCGUCAGGAGGUUUCCCGUGUGGGCGUCGUCUCGGCUCCUCUCUUCUCCUGUGCUGCUCCUAGUCGCACUGGAAAUUGCCAACAUCCAAUUACCAUAAGGGCCGAAAACAAAACCAACAAAAAGUCGAAGAACAACUACAACAACAACUAACCAACAGCCUGUGUUGCUGCCCGUAACGUGAAAACGUUUAGUGUCUCUUCGUGUCAAAACGACGACCCAAUCGUGUGCGGCAGCUGUUCCCGCCUGGUUCUUCCCACCAAGAAAACAUUUUGUUUUUCCUUCCCAUUCGAAAGGAUCCUUGAAACAGGAUUUUUUAAUUUUUUUUUUCCCCUCCAGCUUCCGAUCUGUGUGUGUGUGUGUACUCUGGUGCGCGGCUCCGGUGUUGUCAGUGCGAAAGAAAAGAGACGGACGAAAUAACGCCGAGUUUGGGUCACGUGACGUGUAUACGAGAGAGGAGGAGAGGAGAGAGGAGAACCCUCGGAGUCGACGGAUCAAUGACCAGCCAUGAGCAAAGGAGGAGGAGCAGCAGGAGCAGCAGCACAACGACGACUACUACUCCUUCUUCCACUGUGUAGGACUCAAAGAGACGACGACACCCCUCCACCAUUGGGGGAUCAUUGAUUUUCGGCGGCUACAACACGACGACAACAACAACAACAGCCGGAAUUUCGCUUUGAAAAAAAGCAAGAAGAAAAAAAGAAAAAACCAAAAAAUACAGAAAUCUAUUUGACGUCGACGUAAUUCAAUUUCCCCCCUCCCCUCCUUUUGAACGAAAAAACAACAAGGAGGAGAGACACACCACCCAGCGCAGCUCUCAAAAAUAGGAGGAACGAAAUAACAACAACAAAAAAUAAAAUUGUUGUUGUUGUUGGGCUUCUUCCAGGUGGUGGUGGUGUAGCUUAUCCUGUUGGAAGGAGAGAACCCCGAAAGCUCCGGACGGACCUUUUUUUUUCAUUUUUGUAUUUCGCCAACCCGGUGUGUGUGUGUGUGUGUGUGCGGGGGUGUGCGCGACUGUGGGAGUGUGAGGUACCUCCAGGAGCGAGAUACCUUUUUUGGCCACUUGCUCCACUUGACUCCUCAGAGUGGACCGGUCGUAACUUUUAUCCGACGCAGGACCUGGACGCCCCCCCCCCCCCCCCACCUCACACAGUGCACAGUGCGUGUGUGUGCGGUGUGUGUGUGUGUGCGUUCAUCAACAAUUGUGCGUCUGUGUGUGUGCAGUGUGUGGUGUCGCGGUGUGUGUCGUGUGACGUGUCGCUACGUCCAUCCGCCGGCCGCAGGAACCCACCGCAAGAAACCGAAAAUGGGCAACCGUCUGAGUUCGUGCGGGCCGCUCAUCCGCAAGGCCUACCGUCACGAGGACACACCUUGGCAGAAUUCACGCAAACGGGACGGACAUUUGCUCAGGUUGUGGGCUGAAGUGUUCCACGUGAGCACCAGCAGCGCUGGAACGGUUCGAUGGCAGCAAAUCUCCGAGGAUCUGGUGCCCGUCAACAUUUCCUGCAUUCAGGAUCAGCCCGACUACGUCUUUCACAUCACUGCCUACAAUUCGCAAGUGGACAAGAUCCUCGACGUCAGGCUCACUCAGCCAGGCACUCGCAUUGGACAGGCUUCCGAGUGUUUCGUCUACUGGAAGGAUCCCGUCACCAACGAUACGUGGGGGCUCAAUUUCACAUCGCCGGCCGACGCCAGGGCAUUCCGCGAAUGCUGCUCGCCGGCGUUCAAAUUUUCGCGCAAGGCUUCGUCUUCGUACUCGCUGCGGUUGGAAUCGGGACGCCAGAAGGAUCACCAGCGGAGUUUGUCGGGCAAGCGGAGGACCAACUCGACUCCGGCCUCUCCGUCGCACGCCUCCAGUAGCAACGCGGGCGGAGGUCACCACCAUCAUCACCACCAUCAGCACGGUGCUUCGAGUUCUUCCGCCGGAGGAGGAGCGGCGGGAACAGGAGGAUCGACCGCAUCCGGAGCCGCCGGAACUGGCCGUGAACCGCAAUGCACUUGCAUGACGCCGGAGCAGUACGCCCGUCUCAGGGCGCAGGAUCCACGAUUCAGAGCUUCGCUCACUCUUCCGCGGACGCAGUCGCUGAAGAAGCCGUCGACGGGCGAGACGUCGUCGUUGGCCGUGGGUGCCGGAGCGGCCAGCACAAUGUCGUCAAGCAACGACGUCGUGGCCAAGGACGACAAAGUUUCGAUCGGCGGUGCCAAUUCCAACACUUCGGUCUACGACAACGUUCAGAGCAGCGCCAGCUGCCCGUCGUCGUCGUCGACUCUGGCCGCCAAGAGGAACGUGGCCGCCUACGCGACUCUGAGGGGCCAAACGGCGGCCGUUUCGACGGCGACGCCCGUCGUCGCCAACGAGGCGGACGUGGUUGUCGUCAACGACGUCGCCGCCGCCACUUCCACAUCGACAGGAUCGGCCGCUCAAACGCUAACGGCCAUGAGCGCGACGGGAGACGGCGGGCAAUCGAAUUGCGGCGUGACGGCGACGGCCAUCGAGUCGAAAUCGUCGGAGACUCAAACUGUCACGACGCAGACGACACAGACGCCGGUGGUGGCCGUGGCGUCGGUCACGGAUCAGACACCAGCGGCUGUCCAGUCCAUCACACACCGGACCACUCAGCAGCAGCAGCAGCAGCCGCUGCCGCCACCCAACACCACUCAGCCGCCCGUCUACCCGCAUCAAUAUCCGCCUCCGCCGUUCCAGCAGCCGCAACCCAUUUACGGCGGCGGACAGCCGAAUUAUUACAAUCAAAUGCAACAAGGAGCCAUUCCCAGAACUUAUCCUCAACAACAGCAGCAGCCUAUGGCAUAUCACGGAAUGCAUCCGCAGCAGCAGCAGCAGCAGUCGCAGACGCUGAAUCGCUCCGGCUAUCCUUACCCGCCGGGGAUUGGCACUUACGGAUCGGAUUUCGGCGGGACUCUUCCGCCGCAGAUGCAGUACACUGGGAGCAAUCGAUCCGACUCUGGAGUGAGCAGCUACCACCAUCCGCAUCCGGGAUCCAUUCACCCGCAUUUACACCGCCAGCAGCAGCACCAUCCGUACUACGAGCGGGCCUACUCGGUCCAGGGCGACGUCAGCAGCGACGUCAUGAUGCACGACAUGGUCAGCCAGGCGCGGCGCUCGACUUCCGGCCGCCCUCCUCAUCACCAUUCCGGUCAUCCGCAUCACUCGCAUCUCAACCGACGCGAUCUGCUCAGCUCCAAAUCGGUGGAUUACUCUUCGGCCAUGGACGGGCCGGCGGCGGCGGCUGCGGCAGCAGCUGCUGCUGCCGCCGCCUCCAACGGAUUCUUUCAAGACGAUCACGACCAGCUCCUCAGGGCGGCCCGGAGACACCGCAGUCGCAGUACGGAGAACGUGGUGGCCAAUGAGCAACAUCUGAUGGGCAUGGGCAUGGCUGCCAAUCCGGGGGGAAUGCCCGGACUGGGCAGCGACGUCCUCAAGCGGAUGCUCCAACCUGUUCAGCAACAAAUCGCCGGCAAGAUGGGCGGAGGAUCGGCGGCCGGGCUGAGUCCCAACGCGUCGCCGUUGACUUCGCCCGAAAUGAGCCGACGCGGACCAUCCAGCCAUCGAACAAUCAGCGACGGAUUCCAAUCAGAGCCGGAAAUCAGCAGCCGAACUCCGAGAUUUUACGCUCCGCUGGGCAGAUCCAGCGGCGGCGGCGGCGGCGGCGGCGGAGGAGGUCAGAAGACGGCCAUGUCGCGGACAAUGUCGUACGGAAGUCGGGGGUCAUCUGGCGUCGCUCCUCCGCAGCAUCCGCACCAGCAUCCGCAGCAGCAACAACGAUCGCAGAGUUUCGCGUCGGAUUCGCUCCGCCAGAACCUGGAGCGGAGUCUUUACCUGGACUUUGACGGGCGCGGCGACGCUGGCUCGCCGUCGUCCGACAACAUCCUGUUCGACCACCACCUGUGCUACGCCACGACGCCCAGCUCCAGCAACGGCAACUCGGACAUGGAGGGCAACAAUCCGCUGCCACCGCCUCCGCCAAUGGCCGGCGGGGCCAGAUCCGGAGGAGGAGGAUCGGCUAAUCCGAAUCAGCAGGGAUCGGUGGCCACGUCACCCACGUCGAGGCUCCUGCUCGAGUACGAGAUGCAUCUGCGCAACACGCUGGCCAAGGGCAUGGACGCCGAGAGCUGCAGCUUGCACACGUUCGAAGCUCUCCUCUCGCAGAGCAUGGAGGAUUUAGAAUCGAUAAUCCGCGCAUCCUCCUCCAAGGGCAACGGCUAUUCGUCUUCCUCCGGCUCGGCGGUUGCCCAGCCGCAACGGCGGAUCCUCUCCGAAGUGGAGCGCAUCCAACAAAAGUACCGCGGAGGGCGAGGGUUAAUAGCAGGUGGAGGUCCAUCUGGUCCGUCUGGCGUGGGCUCGUCGUCGUCGCGCAGUGUCGAUCGCUCAUCGCGUCUCUGUCGCAGCGAAACGGCUCCCACCAAUGCCGGCCACCAGCAGCAGCAGCAGCAGCAACACCACCACAUCCAGCACCAAGGAUCGGAGCCGACCAAUCGCUCCUCUUACUACGGCGUAGGUGGCAGCGGAGGCGGCGGCCCUGAGAUGGAGCGCAGCAUCUAUUCAGAACGCGAUCGAGGCUACCUAAGUGACAUGAGUUCCCGGGCCAACAGUUUCUACGAGAGACAAGAUAGCCUGCGAUCGGGUUACCUGAGCGAUCGGGAAACGGUGGCCGUCGGAGGAUCGAGCCGCUCCAUCGGCCCGGGCAGCGCCCUGACGGGCAGCAGUGGCAACAUUGUCGUCCAGCAACAGACAUCCAUCGAGAGCAACGAUUCGCGCCUUUGCUACUUGACGUCCUCCGAGAUGUCGGAUGAUGAUCGACUCUCCUUGACGACGGCAAUCAGCGACGACGACGGCGACGGCGGUGGCGGAGAGUCGGAGCACGUCCAGCACGGCGGAGGCGGAGGCGGAGGACACCAGAGCGGGACGACUUCGCCGUUUCGUAAAAGCGGCGCUGCCGCUUCGUUCAAUUGCACCGGAGCCGUUCGCAAAGCCGGGUUUCUGAGCGUGAAGAAAUGGCUGCUGCGCAAGAAACACCAAGUGGAGCUGGCCAGGAAGCGCGGCUGGCGCGGCUAUUGGGUCUGUCUGAAAGGGACGACGCUCCUGUUCUACCCGUGCGACUCCCGCGAGGGCCGCCACGUCGAAGCCGCACCCAAGCAUCUCAUCAUCGUCGACGGGGCCAUCAUGCAGCCCAUACCCGAGCAUCCGCAGCGUGACUUCAUCUUUUGUCUCAGCACAGCGUUCGGAGAUGCCUAUCUCUUCCAGGCUCCUUGCCAGGCCGAACUGGACACUUGGGUUAACAGCAUUCAUUCGGCCUGCGCCGCGGCUUUCGCCCGCCAUCGAGGCAAGACGGGCACACUCCACUUACUGCAGGAAGAGAUUCUCCGUCUGGAACGUUCCAUCGAAUCGGAUCACAAAUUGAAGCACAUGGCCGAACUGCAGUUGUCGGUCGUGUCCGAGUCGGAGAGCCGACGCCAAAUUGGAGCUCAGAUCGCAGCUUGGGAGGAGAAUUUGGAACGACUUCACUGCGAGCAGUUCCGCCUCCGGUGCUACAUGGCCAGCUUGCAGCACGGAGAGUUGCCUAAUCCAAAGAGUUUAUUGACGCACGUCUCGCGGAGCACCAAACACACGCUCAACCGGCUGGGCAUCUUCACCGUGUCGUCGUUUCACGCCUACAUUUGCGCUCGGAGUCCGUCGCUGCUCAACAAUCUCCUGGCCGGACGGGGAGCCACUAGGAGACGGGCCGUGGCGCCCACUUUGUCACGAUCCAACUCGCUCAGCUCACGCAAGUCGCAAUCGGUGGCCGCCGCCGCUUCCUCGUCGCAGCACGGCGGACACCAUCACGAAGGAGAAAGGCAGUUCAGAGUCAAUCUUCCCGACGGACAGACGGCCACCGUUCACCUGAAGGAUAACAUGACGGUCGAAGAGUUUCUGGCCAGCGCUUGCGGCAAGCGCGGCCUCAACGCGGCCGAGCAUUUUGUACGGGUCAAAAAGCGUCGCGACAUGGACAAUUCCAACCAUUUUGUGCCGCAUCGCACCGAUCUCAUCGAUUCUUAUGUGCCGAGCCACGAGUUGGUUGAAAUUUGCGGCAAAGCUCUUUACCAGGUGGAGCUGUCGCGUAACAAUCUGGAACAGAUGUGGGGCUUCAGCGUCGAGGCCGAAUUAGUGGAGAACACGGAACGGCAGGACGAAUUGUGCGUCUUUGUCAGCCGGGUCGAAGAUCGUAGCGUGGCCAUGAACCACGGAAUCAUCAAGGGAGAUGAGAUCAUGGUUAUCAACGGGGCCUUGGUCGGCGACCUGGACAUGAUGUACAUCGAGUCGGUGUUGCAAGAGGAGCUCUCGCUGUCGCUGAUGAUCCGCAGCUGUCGGGCCGAUCCGCCCGACGUGACUUGCUUGCUGAGGACGACCGACGAUCUCAUCGACAGUCUCGUCUGCCCCCCGCCACCUUCUGAUCAGCUCAUUACUGACGACGCCCUGUCUAAUCUCAUCGUGCCGGCUCCAUCUUGGCACGGACAGUCUUCACAGGCGGUCGAUAGUCCUGGCGCAUUCCCAACUGAACUACCUCCCAUCCAGCAGACCAAGUCUAGUCCGGCUGAAGUUCCUGUCCCUAUGCUUCGGCCUCGCAUGUCUGAAAGAAGCUCCACAUCGACCAUGUCGGAUUUCCGGCGAUCCUCGCCAACCGGAAGCAUCGCCUCCUCCCAGUCGAUCGCCCUGACGCCCAAUCGGCAACUUUCCGACGGCGAGAAGCUCAAAAAGUGCAUCCUAGAGCUGGUGGAGACGGAACGGACUUAUGUCAAGCAUUUGAACAAUUUACUGGAGAAUUACCUGGAGCCUCUCAAGCAAGAAACGUUCCUUUCUUCGGCCGAGAUCAACGCCCUCUUUGGAAAUAUCCAGGAGAUUGUCGCUUUCCAGCGAGUGUUCCAGCAGAGUCUGGAAGAAGCUUUGGCCGUUGAGCCCCAUUUCGACGCCAUCGACCAGCCCUACCAGUUCAAAAAUGUUCUGUUUGCCAUCGGCAGCGCUUUCCUGCAUCACGCCAAUCACUUCAAACUGUACAGUUCCUUCUGCGCCAGCCACUCCAAGGCUCAAAAAGUUUUACUGCCAAACGAAGGAUCUCAAGCGUUGCAAGAGUUCCUGCAGUCGCGCAACCCGCGCCAGCAACAUUCGUCAACGCUCGAAUCCUAUCUGAUCAAACCGAUCCAGCGCAUUUUAAAGUAUCCGCUCCUGUUGCAGCAGCUGCGCAACUUGACCGAUUCCAAUAGCAGCGAACAUCAACACCUCGUCGACGCCCUGAAAGGCAUGGAAAAGGUGGCCGAACAUAUCAACGAAAUGCAGCGCAUUCACGAAGAAUACGGCGCCAUUUUCGAUCACCUGUUUCGCCAGCAUCAAAAGUCCUGCAAGCAGCCGGUGGACUUGAGUCCGUCGGAGCUGCUCUACUACGGAGGCGUCGAAUGGCUCAACAUUUCCGACUUUUUGGGCAAAGUCAAAAAGGGACUGGAACUGCACGCCAUGUGUUUCGUGUUCAAGACGGCCGUCGUCUUCCUGUGCAAGGAACGACUCCGCCAGCGCAAGAAGCUCAUGAGCGUGACGACGAAAACUAGCGCUCCAGAAGUCGAAAUCAUUCGCUACCAGGUGCUGAUACCGGUGACUGAAGUUCAAGUCCGCACUGCUCAAGCCAAAGACAUGGAGGCCCACUACCUGUGGGAACUGAUUCACUUGAAGAAUCCUUUGCAUCGUCGCUCCGAGAAGGUCUAUCACCUUUCAAACAGUACGGCUGAGUUCCGCAACGCCUUCCUAAAGACGAUCCGGCAAAUCAUCCGGGAAAGUGUCCGUAAUAUGAGCAUUCCACCGGCCAAGCCGCCGGUUCCAUCGGCUUCGACUCCGCCGACGCCGAAAGCGGAGGCUAAAGGGACCAGCAAAGGCAAACGAAACGUUCAACGCCAUUCGGCCGGAACCAUAGACUACGACAAUGUCGAAUCCUGUGGCGGAGGCGACACCGACGACAAUCAGCCCGUCACUUUCAGAGGACGCAGCAACACGAUUGGUGAGAAGAAAUCGAUCCGCCGAGUGGAUUCGUCGGAAGCCAGGGACGGAGAUCCAGGGGUGAAAUCGGAGAACGAAGACGACCAUCAACCCCGAUCGAAACCGUCACUCGGCCGGACUCCCAAUCACCUGAGUUUGUCAACAACGUCAACACUUUCCACCGGCAGCGGUUGCAGUCAAGCUAAACUGAUCCAGGCGUCAAGGACUCCACAGUCUUACACGCCGGCAGCAGCCAAACCGCUGGGAUCUCCGAUCUGGAAGCCUCGUGACGGAAUGGGUGAAUCCUUUACCCUACCACGACCGAGCAAAAGUACAGACAUGCCCAACGUGGGCUCCAAUUCCGGGAAUAAGAAUUCGUACGGGACUCUGGGUAACCCGUCGAAGAAGUAGAUGAAAUUGAUUAUGAAAACGAAAGACGAGGCAAUCGAUUUUCGUUUUUGGUUUGUUUUUUUACCCCAUUUAUUUCUUUGGUAUCACGCCGAGUGCUCAAAAGUGUGUGACUGAUAAUCUUCCCUACUCGACACACCUCUCUCUCUACAUAUUUGCCCUGCAUGACUCUGCCCAGCUGUGCAAAAAUUCCUCUCAAAAAACGUCGUCCCCGCUAAAAUUUGAAUCGAGCAAGUGAAAACUCGUUUCGCGGGUCAAUUUUAUUCGGGAGCGAGUCUGUUUUUAUUUUUAACAAAAUUCUCUUCUUCUUCUUCUUUUUCUUCUUUACUUUCUCUCUCUCUCUUUCGAAACUCUGCCAUAAUCACAUCUUCCGCUUCACUGUCUUCCUCUACUGCUGCUGCCGCUGCACUGGCUGGAUAGGCAAUUUCCAUUUUCAUUAUCACGUAUAGUAUCAAAUUAGUCAUUUUAAAAAGAAGAAUGAAUUGGAGUACAGUGGCGUACGAAGGUGAAAUUUAGAAGGAUUUACGAAUAUUAUGGAGAGAAUUUUAGGGGGGUAAAAAAAAAAUUGACUACGAUUGGUGCUGGAAUACCUUGACUCUUUUGAUAGGACUAGGCAGCGCCAGCCGGCAAAUUUAAAACGGGUUGGCUUCAAAUAACAACAACAAUUUUUUUUUCUUUAUUUUUGGACUAUUAUACGUUUCCCCUAUCUCUUUCUCUCGCCCCCCUCCCACGACACAUUGUUUUGAAACUUCUCGUCUCUCUUCAUCCCGUCUGUUGGAUAAAUAGAACCGACCCCUUAUACCCCCCCCCCCCCCAAUCAAUUUUUCGAUAUUUGUGAGAUUCCCGUUGCACCUAUACUAUAUUUUUUUUCGGUUGUCGUUUGUCGUUUUUUGGGGGUGGGACCUUUUGAAAAAAGGUCGAAGAAGUUUAAAAAAGAAAAAAUCGAAAAAACUUAAAACCAUUUGUGUGUUAGAGAUAAAAAAUAAUAGAUAAUCAAGUUGGUUGUAGUUGAAUCCUACAUUUUUCGGAACGGAUCUCAAAUGAAAAAAAAAAAAAAGAUCAACAGACGGGACUUGGGAACAGAAUGACGCGGAACCAUCUACAAAAAUUAUGGAGGGAUAAAUUAUAAUACAAUUUGUUUGUUUUUUUAAUCGAAAAAUCUGAUGGGGUUUUUACGUGUUGUAUGAGGAGAGGAGAUGAUAACUAUACUUUUGUUUUUCUAUGGUGCCAAAUGCUUUGACCUGCCCUCCCACCCUUCCAUUUUGUGCACACGAACACACACACCUUUCGGACGCGAGCUCUUUUAUUCAUCGUGACGUAAGGCCGUCACCAUCGAAAAUCGCCACACCUUGUAUGGAAACUGCCCACCCACAUUUUGUCCCUGAAAAAUUACGUCAAUCCCUUGCUCUCUCUCUCUCUUGAAUACACACACAUAAAACACACACACCACACAUUCUCUCCAUCUCUUUCUCUCUCUCUCUCUCUCUCUAUUACUCUAUCUCUAUGAAAUAUUUGUCACUUUCCCGUGCAUCACUUUUUUCUCUCCACAAACUACUGUAAUGCCCUUAUAAAUCCCACCCCCACCCCCCCACCCACCCUGGAUCGCUCCUCCUUACCCGCCUUUUUUCCUCAUCAUGAACAUUUUCUUUUUCGAAACUCGAAAUUGUUUCAUUUCUUCUUUCUAGUUAUAAUUAUCAUCACGAUUGGCUGUUUCUUGGUUUAUUUGAAUUUGUUUGUUUUUUUUUUCUCUCCAAAUCUUAUCUCCGUUUUCCGUGGCGCGACAAGAAGAUGAAAAAAAGAUGAAGAAGAAGUAAAAAUCAACCUUGGCACUCAAAAAGUCUUCUCAACACUAGUCCAGUCGUUUUUAUUCUGAGUUAAAGAACUUUAUACGGCCAACGGUGUAUGUACGGAAAGUAAAUAUACAAACCAUUACACAUUCAG